AUGGUGCAGGCUGUCAUCUUUGUUGUUGUCCUGGUAACGGUUUCUGCUGGUGUUCCGUUUCCUUCUGAUGAUCCUGCUGCGCCACCUUACGACCAUCCUCUGCCUGUUUAUGCUCCUGAACCACCUCAUGAGCUGGAAGUUCCUGAACCUUACAAUUUUGGUUACGAGACUACUGACGAGUUCGGUAACCUUCAGUCUCGUCAUGAAGAAGCUGACGGUACUGGUGUUGUAAGGGGAUCCUACGGAUACACCGAUGUCUAUGGAAUUUACCGCCAGGUUGAAUAUGUGGCCGACGCUGAUGGUUAUCGCGCUGUGGUGAAAACUAACGAACCUGGUACCGCAAAUGCUAAUCCCGCUAACGUAGAAGUUUUUGCUGAAGAAGCUCUAAUUCCUAAUCCAGAAGCUCCGGCUGCAGUUCCCCAACCCAUAUCUCCAGCUCCAGUUCCAGUUUCUUAUCCUGUAGUUCCAGCUCCAAUCCCCAGUUAUCAACACCCUGUGUCUCUGCUUCACCAGGCAUAUAGCUACAAACCUGUUCUCUAUUCUCAUCCUGCCCCUUAUGCUCCCGAGGUCAAGGUUCCAGCCCCCAGGUAUGUUCCAUCUUACCCUGCAACUAUUACCACUGAUGCAUCUAAAGAAGAAAAACAGUCUGAAUAA